AUGGCUGGCUGGAGCAGAUUUUUCCGUCCGUCGCAAAGACGGGAAAAGGUCCCUGGACCUAUGACCACUGAUAAUGAGAAGAACAACACAAUCGAUGUCACCGUUCAGGAAUCGAGUGCCACGGCCCCAGAUGGAACCGGGGCGGCAAAGAUCCAAGCCGCUGAGGCAGUGAGUGGCCGCAAAGGCAGACUGGCGAUGAUGAUGGUCAUAUAUGAGUUGGACAACUCGACCGUGGGAACUUACCGCAACUUCGCAACGUCUGAAUUCGAUGCGCUUGCUGAAUUGGCUACGUUGAACACCGCAGCAAGCAUCAUAUCCGCCAUCACCAAACCCCCAAUUGCUAAGGUUUCCGAUGUCAUUGGACGCGGCGAAGCCUAUGUUUUCGCCGUUACCUGCUACGUGGUUUCUUACAUCCUCUGCGCAUCCUCCAAAACGUUCAGCACCUACGCAGGUGGUUAUAUCCUCUAUUCCAUCGGACAAGCCGGCACAUCCUUUCUCAAUGCCACCAUCGUCUCGGAUCUAUCCUCAAUGCGUUGGAGAGGUUUCGCCUACAAUAUCCUCUACGUCCCGUUUCUCAUCAUCCCUUGGGUGUCUGCCUUUAUUGUUCAGAGCGUCGUUGAUGGUAUUGGCUGGCGCUGGGGAAUCGGUAUGUUCGCCAUUUUGAUGCCCUUUGGUGCCAGCUUCAUCAUCACCACCCUCCUUGUAUUCCAACAACGGGCCAAGCGGUCGGGUCUUGUACUAAACGAACAGCUCAAUCUAUAUGAUUUCUGUUCCCGUAUCGAUCUGGGUGGGCUUCUUAUUCUAAGCGGCAGUUUCGCUUUGAUUCUACUUCCCAUCACGCUGGCUGCUACUUCUGCCAGCCGAUGGAAGACUCCAUGGGUCGAUGCUCUAAUUGCAGUGGGCGUGGUGAUUCUGGCCUGUCUUUACCCAUAUGAGAAAUAUGUGGCCCGACAUCCUGUGGUUCCUGUGCGCUACUUCCGUAGCCUUUCGGUUAUGAUCCCGGUAGUUUUGGUUUGCAUCGACAACAUUAGCUUUGGCGCCACACAUACGUAUUUGUAUGUCUGGUCUGAGGUAUCACACAACUUCUCGGCGCGCAACGCCCAGUUCCUCUACUAUACCAACGGCAUCAUGCAAGCUUUGGUCGGCAUGGGUACUGGGCUGCUGAUGUACCGUCUACGAUCCUAUAAAUGGAUUGGAGUCGCUGGAGCGAUUAUUCGGAUGGUUGGAUAUGGGGUUAUGGUUCGCCUCCGCACCAACCAGAGCUCUGUGACCGAGCUAUUCAUUGUGCAGUUAGUCCAGGGAGUUGGAAGCGGUAUCAUCGAGACGGUGGGCAUUGUGGCAGCCCAGAUCUCAGUGUCGCAUGCUGAGCUGGCCCAGGUCACGUCAUUGGUGAUGCUAGCCGCGUAUCUGGGCAACGGCAUAGGUUCUGCGAUUGCAGGGGGAAUCUAUUCCGGGCAGCUACGUCAGCAGCUACGGUCGCAUUUGGGGUCCGGUGUAAAUGAGGCCACAGUGGAUAGGCUGUACAAUUCGAUCACCGGCACGCUGCCAGCCUGGGGAUCAGCGGAGCGAACAGCGAUUGACAGAGCGUACUCGGAUGUAAUGGGGUCUAUUACUAUUGCCGCCCUGGCAUUCUCUGCCCCGGUAGUGAUUUUAUCCUUGUUCUUACCCAACAAGAAACUUGGAGACGGGCAUAAUCGUGUGCAAGGCCAACAGGCUCCUGUUCGCUCUGACUCCACGCUGGUGGAUGAGAGGAAUGGGCGUGGAGGGGCCUCGGGCCCUGCAGCCAAGGCUUGA